UGUACAGGAAGUGGACUGUCAGUCUUGCUGUGUCCUUGUUAGCUUAAGAGCUAACUGCCUUCCAUAACAGGCAAGCAAAUGUGUACCAUUUGGAAAGAUGAAUUAAGUUGUACAUAAAGAGUGAGUUUGAAACAGAUUUGUGUUUACCCGCUGUUGCUAACAGCACCAUGCUACGUGUCGGGGAUAAAGCUGCCUGCAUGGCCUGCAGGAACCUGGUCUCCACCAACAUGGGGGUGAGAUUUCGGGUGCCGCUGCAGAAGCUGCACCCUCUGUCCCGUGCCAUCCACCACCGUUACUCUGGAAACAGCAACCCCCAGCGGCCCCCUCAUCGCGCAGCAGCGCGCUACUUUACCUCCAUGUCACGGUUGCCCAUGCGGCCCCCCAAGCCUCCCCCAGGGUCUGGGGGCCGGGGCCACCAGCAGCAGCGCAACUUCUGGGCGAUUCGUCUCGCUGCCCGACUGCUGAAGCUCCGAUACAUUCUGCUCGGGUCGGCAGUGGGAGGAGGUUAUACUGCUAAAAAGACUUAUGAGGAGUGGAAGGAUAUGCUGCCGGAUUUUAGUGAAUACAACUGGGUCAUUCCCGAUUUCGUCAGGGAACUAAGUAACCAAAUUGAUCUUGAUAAACUGACCAAAGCUCUACCAGAGAUUGAAGAAAUAGUCAAACUUCUACCUGACUUCGACAAGAUAGGCGAGAACUUCUCUUUCCUCAAAAGCCUCUUGUCCUCGGGUGUGAGUUUGGGUAGUGAAGUCAAAGGAGCUUCUGGUCUGCGUCUGUUGUUAGAAACGACAGGCGAUCCUCCACUAAAGGCCACAGAUUCUUCUGCUGAAGCCAAGCAAGAUGCCAACGACAAGCAAUAUAAAAAGGGUCUGCUGGGCGAGCUCAUUCUAAUUCAGCAGCAGAUCCAGCAGCACGAGGAGGAGGUCCAGCGGGCCGCAGCAGCCAAUAUUGCGUGUCCCCCACCGCCAGAGCCUGCUCCCAGUCCGCCUCCGAAACCCAGCCCCCCUCAACAGAAACGCAAGCCAUCAGACAAAGAAAAGUUCGACCAACUUCAAGAAGAACUGCUCCGUACCCAGCUUAAAUAUCAACGCAUGCUGGAGAGACUGGAGAAGGAGAAUAAAGAGUUAAGGAAAGUGGUGCUGCAAAAAGAUGAUAAGGGGAUCCACCAAAGGAAAGUGAAGAAAUCUCUUAUUGACUUGUAUUCUGAAGUCCUGGACAUCUUGUCAGACUACGAUGCCAACUACAACACUCAGGACCAUCUACCCAGGGUGGUGGUGGUCGGGGAUCAGAGUGCUGGAAAGACGAGCGUGCUGGAGAUGAUCGCUCAGGCCAGGAUCUUCCCCCGGGGCUCUGGAGAGAUGAUGACACGCUCUCCCGUCAAGGUAACACUCAGCGAAGGCCCCCAUCACGUGGCCAUGUUUAAGGACAGUGGCCGAGAGUUUGACCUUACCAAGGAGGACGACCUGGCUGCUCUGAGGCACGAGAUUGAGCUGAGGAUGAGGAAGAGUGUGAAGGCGGGACAGACCGUCAGCUGUGAGACAAUAUCCUUGAGUGUCAAAGGCCCGGGCAUCCAGAGGAUGGUGCUUGUUGACCUACCAGGAGUCAUCAGCACUGUAACUGCAGGCAUGGCGGCAGAUACUAAGGACACUAUCUUCAGCAUCAGCAGGGCCUACAUGCAGAACCCCAAUGCGAUCAUCCUCUGUAUACAGGAUGGCAGUGUGGAUGCAGAGAGGAGCAUCGUAACGGACUUGGUCAGCCAGAUGGACCCCCAGGGGAAGAGGACCAUCUUUGUUCUGACCAAGGUGGACUUGGCUGAGAAGAACCUGGCCAGCCCCAACAGAAUCCAGCAAAUAGUGGAAGGGAAGCUGUUUCCAAUGAAGGCCCUGGGCUACUUUGCAGUGGUGACAGGAAAAGGGAGCAGUAGUGAAAGCAUCGACUCCAUUAAAGAUUAUGAGGAAGAUUUCUUCCAGAACUCCAGAUUACUAAAGGACGGCAUGCUGAAGGCCCACCAGGUGACCACGAAGAACUUGAGUCUGGCCGUCUCUGACUGCUUCUGGAAGAUGGUCAGAGAGUCUGUGGAGCAGCAGGCGGACGUCUUCAAAGCAUCUCGCUUCAACCUGGAGACAGAGUGGAAGAACAACUACCCUCGCCUGAGAGAGCUGGACAGGAAUGAACUAUUCGAAAAGGCCAAAAAUGAAAUUUUGGAUGAAGUAAUUAGUUUGAGUCAAGUGACCCCACAACACUGGGAGGCCAUCUUGCAGAAGAAGAUGUGGGAACGUGUCUCCACUCAUGUGAUUGAGAACAUCUACCUGCCUGCAGCCCAAACGAUGGAUUCGGGUACCUUUAACACCACCGUUGACAUCAAGCUCAAGCAGUGGACCGACAAGCAGCUUCCAUACAAAGCACUGGAGGUUGCCUGGGAGACCCUGCAGGAGGAGUUUGCCCGCUUUAUGGCUGAAUACAAAGGCAAAGACCAAGACGACAUUUUUGACAAGCUGAAGGAGGCUGUGAAGGACGAGAGCAUCAAGAGGCACAAGUGGAAUGAGAGGGCCAUGGACAGCCUGAGGGUGAUCCAGCACAAUGCCCUGGAAGACCGCUCCAUCACAGACAAGCCCCAGUGGGAUGCAGCCAUCAUGUUCAUGGAGGAAACCCUGCAUUCACGCCUCAAAGACACUGAUUCAGUUAUCAGAGAUAUGGUGGGUCCAGGCUGGACGCAGAGAUGGAUGAACUGGACGAGUCGCACUCCAGAUCAGCACGUUCGUAAUGAAACAAAAAACGAGCUGGAGCGCCUGCUGAAGCUCCACGAUGAACACACAGCAUACUUAGCCAACGACGAGGUCACCACAGUGAGGAAGAACCUGGAGGCACGAUCUGUGUUAGUCGACCCUGUGCUGAUCAAAGACACGUGGCAUCAGCUGUAUCGCCGACACUUCCUGCAGAAGGCGCUGUCUCACUGUAACCUCUGCAAGAGAGGCUUCUACUACUACCAGAGACACUUUGUUGACUCUGAGUUGGAGUGCAAUGAUGUGGUUCUGUUCUGGAGGAUCCAGAGAAUGCUGGUCAUCACAGGGAACACUCUCCGACAGCAGCUCACCAACACUGAGGUGCGCCGAUUGGAGAAAAAUGUGAAGGAGGUUCUGGAGGACUUUGGGGAAGACCAGGAGAAGAAGACCCACCUCAUCACCGGCCGCAGAGUCCAGCUGGCCGAGGAUCUCAAGAAAGUCCGUGAGAUCCAGGAGAAACUUGAAGCCUUCAUCGAAGCUCUUCACAAGGAGAAAUAAGAGAACCAGAACCAUUCAAAGUAAAUUGGAUCACAGCAGAGAAAUGCACUGAACGAAGAAAACUAAACCUGUAAAUGACCGUCAUCACCCGCCGAGCCUGACCGCACCACUCACUUGAUUUUAAUUCCCCAUCUUUGGCGUGCUGUCCCCCUUUGAUGCUGAUGGGAAGAUGGACCUGAACUAAAGGAAACCGUUUUCAAGCUUUCACUUUGAUUUGCUUGAUCUCUUGCAAACUGUCCUGGGUCAAAAGGGGGACUUCUGCACAGGAGCCCCAAACACAGUGAGAUCACGAGGAGAAUGAGAAGCAUGCACAGUGUUAUCAGACAUCUGACCUCUCAUUUUCAAUAAAUGAGGAUUGUGUACAUGUUAAUCUCCCCAGUUUUCUUCAGCAGAACGUGUCUGUGUUCAUUAGAAGAGUCUGUCUUCACUCACACCUCACAUGAUAGCUUCCUGGUACACAACAAUUAGCCUCUAUUUAACAUACGUUUUUUUAGUUGCACUGAUCCCAAGCACUUACUUUAUCCCUCCAAGCUGCAGCUAUGCUCUACAUUUAUGCUCCAUCUCCCCCUAAAUGAGACAGUGUUUAGUUUCAGCACAUAUAAUAACCUUGAGUCAUUAUUGGUUAAAUAUUCAGUUUCCCUCCCGUCAAAACUCUCCAUUGUAACACCACAACAACAAAAAGGAUACUACCAACUCUGAAGGCGUUGGAAACAAUAUUAUGUAUAAAUAUAUUUCGUAUUAUUUUGAACUUACGGCGUUUAUUCAACAUUACUAUGUAUAUAUGUCUGCCAAAUACACAUCAUCCUCCCUUCAUGCUACCUUUUAUUUCUGUCCUUGUCUCAGUGUGUGUGUGUGUGGUGUUUGCAUUUCCAUCAUUGUACAUUAACAUUCUUCCUAUGUUGCAACUUUAAGCUCAUAAUACAACUUCCAAAAAAAAAGAAUUAGUAAACACUCUUUAUAUAUUAAACUGUAAUCAACCAUUUAAUUGUGGAUGCUUCCAGUUAGUUAACUUGAGGUGUUGCAGACAUCAAUACUCAAAAGCCACAUUGCAUCAUCAGUUAAAGAUGUCAUUAUAACAAAUACAAAAAUACACCCUGAAGCAGUUUAGAGGUACUUUCAAUUAGACUUUCAGAAGCUAUGACAUUAUCUGUCAGUUUUAACGUCUGAACAUUGGACCUGGGCUUCAGUCUUUCCCGCUCUAUCAUGAUUAGUUGCUGCAGUUACACUAGGGGAAGUUUGGGCGUCUCAAUGGUUUCCAAUCUCACCAAGUUGGAUUUCCUUGGUUUAUAUUCAGCGCAGUUAUGCCUAUGAUCAUGUACACAGCACAGGUGCACUUGUAUUUAUCCACUUAUUCUCUCCUGACUGUGACUGAAUGGUCAUUAAGAUCUUAUACCGAUAGCUGCUUCAUGGAUAAGCUCAAACACCUGAAAACCAAGGGAAAUAAUUGUCUCUGUUUGUAAAUUAACUGGAACUAUAUCCAAAGCUAGGACAGGAAAUUAUCCAAAAUGCUGGUGGGUAAUUUUUAACUUAAGGUGUAUGUGUUAAAUGUACAAAUGAGCUGACCAACACAUACACUGUGUUGGUCAGCUCAUUUAUUCCUCUUGUCUUUCCACCUCUCACAAUCUUCUUCCUUGCUUUCAUCCGAAACCCCUUAUCUCCCAUGUUCCUCCAUCAUUUGAACUACCCUGACUCUUUCCUUCCCUCACCUUGGCAUCCUCUCACUACUCCUAGCUUGAAAACGUGUUUGAUAGAAAGAAGGGUGAGUGACUGUGUUAACCCUAUCCACUCAUUCAUGUGUAUAUGGGUAUAUAUAUUAUAUAAUAGGCCAUGCAUUCUGUACAGGAAAAGUUAAUGGAGGGUCAUGGAGCUAUUAUCAUGUACAGCAUGUGGGAGCAACUUGUGUAACAGAAACAGUGAGUUGGUUCAAAACAAUGUUUUAUGUUGUAGAAAGUAAUGUUUGCAUGGUGUACCCCAUCAGAUGUGCUUUAUUUAUUGAAUUUGUGUUUAAAAGCGAAAAUAAAGUUGAAAUAAAUAAAAUACAUAGCUUUUU